GACAUAAUAUAUAACCUUACUUUAUAUUUAAAGUUUAUUUUUAAUUUUUAAGAUAGUUUUUUGUGUAAAAUAUUCUUAAAUAUUUAUUUUUAGAAUGUUUAGUAACAAAAUAGAAUGUAAAAUUUAACCAACGAAUAGAAAAGGUUUCUUUACAUUCAUAAUAUAUGAAAAUGUCAACAAUAAGAAAUAUUAGAUUGCUCGUUGCAAAAUUUAAUCCAAUUAGAGAGAAACUAUUUUCAUCAAAAAAUUUAUUAUACACUAAUGUUGCUAUUUCAAUUUCACUAUCAGCAACGGGUGAUUUUCUUGAACAACACUAUGAAAUUUUAAAGGGAGAAUGGAAAAAAUUUUGUAUAAAAAGAACUGGACAUAUGGCAUUAUCGGGAAUGUCUGUAGGAGUAAUAUGUCAUUAUUGGUAUCGUUUUCUUGAUUCUCGACUUCCGGGAAAAACAAUUGGAAUUGUUGUAAGAAAAGUUAUCAUCGAUCAAUUUAUAUGUUCACCACUUUGUAUAGGAAUGUUUUUUUUAACAUUAGCAAUAUUAGAAAGAAAUAAUUGGGAAGAAUUUAUUAGAGAAGUUAAAAAUAAGGCACAUAAACUGUAUAUUGCCGAAUGGAUAGUUUGGCCGCCAGCACAAAUAAUUAAUUUCUAUUUUCUACCAACAAGAUAUAGAGUUCUUUAUGAUAAUACUAUUUCUCUAGGCUACGACAUUUAUACAAGUCAAGUUAAACAUGACAAUAUAUUAAAUCAAAAUAAAUAACGUUUAAGGAUAAAUUCUGUUAUCAGAAUUUUAGAUAGACAAAAAUUAAAUUUUUUAAGAAUUCAUUUUUUAAGUACGAAAUAGUUUCAUAAAUUUUAUUUCCAAGUCAAUAAAUAAAAAAUUAUAAAUAGAAAUGAGA